AUGUCGACAACGACAACGAAAAUGGCUCGAGGCGUCUCGGGUGUGGUCGGGCUGUACCUGGCAGCCAUGGUCCUCAUCUGCGCUUCCUUCGUCUGGGCCGUUCCUGCCCCCCUCGAGUCCCGCCAGGCUCCCAACCAGGCCGCCAUCGACAAUCCCACCGACCAGACCGCCUCGCUCAACGUGACCAUGUUCAUCCUUCCCAUCCCCCUCUCCGAAGCUGCCUCCAUCGCCUCUCCCUAUAAGCUUCUUCCAGACCAUGGUCUGCCCGCCUCGGUGAUUCCGGACGGGUACUUUCCGAUCCAAGUUCGGGCGAAUUACUUCUACGACAUCCGUCAGAAGGCGCUGGGUAUUCCCCUUCAGGUGCCACAGCUGACGUCACUCGCCCUGUACCUGCCCUUCAUCGACGUCUUGGGUGACGGCAAGACGGCGUUCAAACGCAGUGCGAUCCAGUACUUUGAUCAGAUCCUCCCUACGCUUGUCGGCGGCUUAACUCAGUUCCAAAAUGGUCAAGUGGCGUUCUUCGAUCCCGCCCAUGCGGCGUAUAAGCCUUCUGGAGGCAACACGCUGAGCUUCACAGCUGCUCAAGGCAUCAGUAAUCCUAUCGACGGUCCAGGUAUAGUCAACCCCAUCUUCCAAGCCGUGUUCCAACGAACUUCGUCUUCACCCAUCAGCGAGGCGAAGCACCGCUCGAUCCUCGCCCAGCCGUUGUACACCACCCCGGGUACAGGUUGCAACAUGGAGACGAUCCUGUUCAACUACACAAACGCAAACCCGAGCUUUGUCACUGGUGACGUUCAGAUUUUUACUCCCUUCACAAAGGAGAACAACGACUACAAGACCGCUUAUGGUUAUACGGCUGCUACGUGA